AUGUAUAGGAUUGAAAGCAAUUAUUGUGGUUCCCCCCUAAGCGCUGUUCUCUGUCAGCUAUGUGCACCUGAGAAAUCUCAUUCCCACAUCUGUCUGCUCCAGAUUCUGCUGGGGGAGCUCGCAUCCUUCUUAACUAAACCUGAGGCUACGCAGGAGAAGACAAUUGUUACGGCUGACUGCUGCUAUUUCAACCCACUGCUGAGACGCAUAGUCCGCUUCCUUGGUGUGUAUUCCUUUGGCCUUUUUACCACCACCAUCUUUGCCAAUGCAGGGCAGGUAGUGACAGGAAACCAGACACCUCAUUUCUUGUCUACUUGCCGCCCGAACUUCACAGCACUGGGCUGCCAUUCAGCGCUGCAGUACAUCACGGAGCGGCGAGCGUGCACCGGGAACCCUUACCUCAUCACCUCCGCCCGCAAAUCAUUCCCCUCCAAGGACGCGGCGCUGAGUAUGUACUCAGCUGUCUAUACAGUGAUGUAUAUAACUCUGGUAUGGAAGACUAAAGGCACAAGGCUGACCAAACCCACUCUCUGUCUGACUUUCCUCUCAUUGGCUGUUCUGGUGGGCAUCGUGCGUGUAGCUGAGUACCGUAACCACUGGUCUGAUGUUCUAGCUGGAUAUCUCACUGGAGGAGCCAUCGCCGCUUUCCUGGUCACAUGUGUGAUCAAUAACUUCAAGCAGACCCAGUCUCAGCUGCCACCCUUACCGCCCCCUGUGCACCCUCCACGCCCGGAGCCCUCGCUCAACGUGCCCAUGGUGGCCAUGCACUGUGUAGAGAGUCCACUCGAAAACAGGUUCCAGGGGUUUUGUACACAGGCAUCACAUGACCAUCAGCCAUACCUGGCCCCCGCCCCUCCCGAUGUCCUCAUCCACUCACGUCGCUACAUCUCCAGUGCAGUCUAGACAUGCCUUCAGAAUAUUCUACCUGCGCUCGCCCUAGACCCUCUCUCACAAGAUCAUACUCCACUCAGGUCUAGGGGCUCCCCGUACUCUGCUGCCCCCUACUGACU